GGAAUAUCAGUUCAAUUCCUUUGUUGGCAGUGAGGCCAAUUAGAUACAAAAGAAUAGAAAAACCGUACAAUAAUCAAUGAUGGGAUUUGCCAAGGCUUUUUCCACAUUCAUGUUCCUUUCAAUGUUCAUCGUUCAACUCCCGACGGCCAAGGGGGCAACAGUGUCACGUUAUGACACAAUCUUCAAUGCGCUUAGAAAGAAUUUAGACUCUAAAGCACCGACACAGAGCCAAAACGAAUCCAUUGCAAUUCUCAAAGCCCACAUGGCUCUAACUAGAGAUACUUUGGACACUGAAAUAAGGCGAUCAGACCUUGAAACCACAAACACGGCUCCCCCAACGCCUGCUGUGGCAAAGUUGAGAAGUAAACGAAAAAGGAUCUUCAGUCUUCGUUCGCGUCAAUGGAAUCCUUUUAGACUUGUGACCCAACAGGGAAGGAAACACCCUACCAGGCCCUCAAACCUGCUUGGUUCAACGAAUGUCCAUCCUUGCAACACGGUACAGACCUCUGAGAUGAGUUACACCGUUGAUGGUAUCAGGUGCCGUCGGUGGGAUACAAGUGAGCUGCAAAAUCGCAUGAAGUGCAUGGGAACCUACAGUCCUCGCUAUUUAGCAUCUUCCUUCGAAGAAGCACUAAGGUUUAAAGAUCUUGAUUCAGGAGAUAUUUUCGACCUUUCUAAAUCGUACAUUUGGCAUCAUCUAAAUAACGCAGUUAUCAAAAGAAACUCCAACAUCAAACCAGGAGAAACCCUAAUCAGUCAGUGUCAUGAGAGGAAAACGCGCACAGAAUCCGGGCAUUUAAGGAUCUGCCCAACCUGUGCAGCCAUUACACGUCAGCCGGCAAUGCCGAGAAGAUUUCCAGAGUAUAUCAAUGAGCUGCUAUGCGACCCAAAAAUGACGUCCAAUUACCUUCAGGGCAUUGGUGGCUUCUGUGUGCAGAAAUCAUUUACACUUGAUCUUUUGCAGUUUAAUGGAGAGUGGCAACUGGAUCCGAAACGGAGUGUUGAAGCUGGGCUCGAUGUUUACACGGAAAAAUGGACAACAUAUACUCAAAAAAUACGACGCCAUUGCGCAUGCGAGCUAGUGGAUUCAAGCCCGAUUGCUCGUAUGUUGUGAUUUGUGGCGUACACAUCCUGAGUAGCUGAGAGUUUACACGUCAUGAAUUAAUUUUAAUUCGUUCCAUAACAUCGAUAGGGAAAGCAUUUACUUUUUAAUAAUAAGCCAUGAUUCUACGAUUGUUAAUUACGUAAUUUCCAUUUUGAGUCAAGUGUUUAAAGGAUGAUGAAAAGAGAUACGUUCCCAGCUGUUCACGGACGCCAAAGAAUUAAGUCAAUUAAGAUUGAAGCUAAGAAACUUGCUUGAAAUAGGGCAGUAAAAUAACAAGAAUCUUAACCGGAGAAAAGAGGUGUGAUUUCCCUGAUAUAAUUUCCAUUUGCAUGCUUUCCGAUUAUGUUUGUUAUCGCAGUUAUCGUACGUGAUUUAAUUCAAUUCUAAAAUAGUGCUAUCGCGUACGCCCUAUGAACAUCAGUGAUUGCUCUAAUCGUUCGUAAUAGUAGUUUGUGUCGUUAAUUACCUUCAGUUUUUACGUUUUCAAGUACCUCAUUCGAGAAUAUCCCCCAGAAUAAAGAUUAUCGAUUUAAUACUCCGGACAAGAUACGUUGGUUUAAGAAUCUAAACACAUGACAUACUUUUUCCAAUUUAGGGCCUAAGAUUGCAGUGGAAAUAUUUUUAAAUAUUAAGCUGUAUUACGAGGGCUUUCACUUAUGACCUAUUGGAGAGCAGACGCAUAGAUGGCGUCACCAUCGAGUAGCACACUCGGCUACGCCGAGUUUAUCACUUCACGUGGCUCAAGAAAUUGACAUUGCCCUUCGAUAUGCCUCUGUUACUGCAAAUGGUUAUUGUAAUAUUUCUUUUUAUAAAAAAAAAAACAUAUCUAAAGCUUGGUGUAAUUGCUUUUUUUUAAGAAGAG